CCUUACACUAAUAUAGGAUGGGCCAGAAAAUGAAGUUGUUGGUUUCCCCUCUUCUUCUGAUGAUUUUAGUCUUAACAACCUCUUCUUCAAAUUCACAAUCAAUCAUCAAAACUCUUCCAGGAUAUCAUGGAGACCUUCCUUUCAAACUUGAAACCGGUUAUGUUGGAGUGGGAGAAAAUGAAGAAGUAGAAUUAUUCUACUAUUUUGCUGAGUCGCAAAGAAAUCCAGAAGAAGACCCUAUUAUAUUUAACAUGCCCGGAGGACCAGGCUACUCUGGUUUAUAUUCCUUUGCAUAUGGGAGAGAAGGUCCACUUAGCUUCAACGAUGAGCAUGGUCUAGAUAAUAUCACGUUUACAUUGAAUCCAAACUCAUGGACAAAGGUGGCGAAUAUGAUAUUCUUGGAUAUUCCUGCUGGUGUUGGGUUUUCCUAUGCCAAAACAACACAAGGAUGGCUUAGCAGUGAUAGCGUUAUGGCUUCACACGCUAGUGCUUUUAUAAGAAAGUUUCUCAUUAACCAUCCUAUGUUUCUAAAUAAUCCACUCUACAUAGCGGGGAUAUCUUACAUGGGUCUCAUCAAUCCUUUAGUUACUCUACAAUUAUAUGAAGGUAAUGAACGCGGGGAUCAACCAUGGCUAAAUAUUCAAGGGUACAUUCUUUGUGGUCCUCUUACCGAUAAGUUCAGGGACUUCAAUUCAAGAUUUGAAUUUGCUCACCGUAUGGCACUAAUAUCAGAUGAUAUCUAUAAGUUAGGUACAGAAAAUUGUAAUGGUAAUUAUAUCAACACUCAUACAUCCAACUCAUUAUGUGCACAUAGUCUUCAACGGUAUGAAGAGUGCACAAGUCAAAUUAACCUUGAUAACAUAUUGUUACCACCUUGUAAUGAAUCAAAUCCAAUGCCGUAUUGUACGGAAUACUCCGAUCGUGCAUUGCAUAGUUGGGGGAACAAUGAAGUUGUGCAACGUGCUUUAAACAUUCAUAUGGGAACAAUCGGAACAUGGUAUUUGCACAACUCAACCAUGCAUUACGCUGAAGGGAAAAACGACACGUUUUGCUAUUCUUAUGAUAUCUUUAGUAGCUUUUCCCAUCAUAAGAAACUUGUGGCCAAAGGUUGUCAAGCUUUGGUAUUUAGCGGGGAUCAUGAUAUGGCAUUCCCUUAUGUCGGUGUUGAGCAAUGGAUAGCUUUACUUAAUAUCAGUGUUGAAACCCCAUGGGCACCCUUUUUUAUUAAAGGCUAUGGCUAUGUUGGAGGAUAUGAAACUAAAUAUGCGCAAAAGGAUUUCUCAUUGACAUUUGCCACUGUUAGGGGUGCUGGACACUCGGUGCCAGUGUACAAACCUGAAGAAUCGUUUGAUGUGGUAAGCAGGUGGCUUACUUCACAAAAUUAUUCAAGGAGUUCUCGUAUGCAAGAAGGUCGUGCAAUCUACGCUGCAUCAACGUAAAUGCAAUAAAAAUGUAACUAAUAAAAUCAUUGACGUGUGUAGUUUGUGAAGUUUAUUAAUUAAAUCAUUUAGAAAGA